AUGGAAGCUCUCGCCUCGUCGCCGCGGGCUCUCUUCGCCCGCACCGCCACUCCGACGACGGCGCUGGCCACGCCAGCAAGAUGGACGCCGUCAUCGACCAGGCGUGUCAAGGCCGCCGCCGCCGCCGAGCCGGCCGGCGAGGCCAAGCCGGCUGCGGCAGCCGCGUCGCCGGCGCCCAAGAAGAUCCUCAAGAAGAAGCCCGUCUACUCCAUGAAGAAAGGGCAGAUCGUGCGCGUCGAGAAAGAGAAGUACCUGAACAGCAUCAAUUACCUGUCGGUGGGGCACCCACCCUUCUACAAGGGGCUAGACUACAUAUACGAAGACCGCGGCGAGUUUACUAAUCACCAAAUUAUCACGUGCAGGUUUUGGACAUCAGAAUCUUCGAAGAAACCGGAGAGUAUGCUCUGA